CCACACACGCUGUUUCCGCGGAUUAGUUUGUUGGAGAUAGUUCAAGUUGCCGACCGUACUUGACUGCCCGACCAACCAAAAAAAAAAAAGUGGACUUCGAAGAGGCUGGCUUCUCUCGCCAAUCUGUCUGUUUCCCCUCUUCUGUCAUACCCGUCUCCAUGGGUAUCCGACGCUGGGAUGUAUGAGCCGCUGCAUCUAUCUUUUGACGCCUACCCUAGCGUGGUUCCCCGAGUAAGGGUACGAGGUGUCAUGGCUCUUUUCCUGGCGGUUACGAUUUUAUGGGCUUUGAUCUGGUUGCUCUAUCGCGCAUGGCAAGUCUGUCAGACUCCGAAUGAUGUCCUGGUGGAAAAACUCGGAUUGGACAUCCCUCCGCCACCAGACGUUACACUAGAGGGGAUCACUGCCCGUGAGAUUCGCAUUGCUUGGAAACAACCGGAGUUUCACAACUCUAUUCAUAAGCAUAUCAUUCAGGUGAACGGAUCCAAAGUAGGCGAGUCGAAACGAGCGGAAACCGCAGUGGAAAUCUUGAAUCUAGCACCAGGCAACAUCUAUCAUAUAUCCGUUAUUUCCAACAUGUCGCUCUCUUGAAGGAGCUGGAGAAGCAGCGUGACGAGUUGAGGAAGCGAGUGAAGGAGAAGGACGAAGCGAGCGGUGACCUGAAGAAACAUGUCUAUAAGUUAGAAAGCGUCAA